UAACACAGCUUUCCUGUGGCGAAGUACGCAUGAGCAGCUAGGGCAGAUUUAAGGACUGCCUUCAGAAACAGAUGUUAGACGCUCGGCUGUGGCAGCAGUUGCUGUGCUGCAAAAUUUGGAAAUAGUUUUAAGUCAACUGAAAAUAAAAUCACGCUCCGGUCUGUCAGCUGCAUGCUUUGAGCAUAACUUGACCAGUGAGUACUAGGAAGAUGCAAACAUGACAAGGUGCUCUCUCCUGGUUUUGCAGGAUCUGAACACUCGAAAUGCAGAAAUUAUUUGGCAACUAACAUCUUAUUGGAUUUCUCUGGUCACACCUCUGAUUUUUGGUCUGCUUCUGCAGCCACCACUGACACAGCUUUCCAUCGUCACACAGCCAAACAUUGUCCUGUUGAUGGCCGAUGACCUUGGCAUAGGGGACAUAGGUUGCUACGGGAAUGAUACGAUCAGGACCCCAAACAUUGAUCGCCUAGCAAAGGAAGGAGUGAGACUGACCCAACACAUCUCUGCAGCUCCACUUUGCACCCCCAGCAGAGCAGCCUUCCUCACUGGCAGAUAUCCCCUCCGAUCAGGAAUGGAUGCUAUAAACAAUUACCGUGUUAUUUUUUGGAAUGGCGGCUCAGGAGGGCUUCCUCCAAAUGAAACCACUUUUGCCAAAAUACUGCAGCAGCAAGGCUACAGCACAGGACUGAUAGGAAAGUGGCAUCUAGGUGUUAACUGUGAAUCCCGCAAUGACCAUUGCCAUCACCCUUUAAACCAUGGGUUUGACUAUUUUUAUGGGAUGCCUUUUACGUUAAUAAGUGACUGCCAACCAACAGAAACACCAGAGAUGGACAGAGCCUUUAGAAGGAAACUCUGGCUCUCCACUCAGAUGAUUGGUCUCGUUACCCUCACUGCUGCCCUGGGAAGACUGACCGGCUUGAUUUCAGUCAGAUGGAAAACACUGGCCUGCCUUGCUGGGUUUAGUUUCCUGUUCUUUGUAUCCUGGUUCUCAAGUUAUGGGUUUGUACGAUACUGGAACUGCAUUAUGAUGAGAAACCAUGAAGUUACUGAGCAGCCGAUGGUGACAGACAGGGCUACGUCCUUUAUCUUGAGAGAGUCCAUUUCCUUUAUCGAAAGAAAUAAGCAAAAACCAUUCCUCCUCUUUCUUUCCUUUUUACACUCCCACACUCCUCUCAUCACCACAGAGAAGUUUGUCGGGAGGAGCCGUCAUGGUUUAUAUGGAGACAAUGUGGAAGAGAUGGACUGGAUGGUGGGCCAGGUUCUAGAUGUUAUUGACAAGGAAGGCUUGAAAAAUACUACACUAGUUUACUUUGCCUCUGAUCAUGGUGGAUGGCUGGAAAGACAAGAAGGCAAAAGGCAGCUGGGUGGCUGGAAUGGAAUAUACAGAGGUGGAAAAGCUAUGGGAGGCUGGGAAGGAGGAAUCCGUGUCCCAGGGAUAUUUAGAUGGCCAGGAGUAUUACCUGCAGGCACAGUUAUCGAUGAACCUACAAGCCUUAUGGACAUUUUUCCUACAGUAGUUCAUCUGGCUGGAGGGCUACUACCUCAGGACAGGAUAAUUGAUGGCCGAGAUCUGAUGCCUUUACUUCAAGGAACAGUUGAUCACUCAGAGCACAAGUUCCUGUUCCAUUACUGUGGCAUUCACUUACAUGCUGUGAGGUGGCACCAGAAGGACAGUGGAGCCAUCUGGAAGGCUCAUUAUGUGACCCCUGUCUUCCAUCCACCUGGGGCUGGGGCUUGUUAUGAUAGAGGAUUUUGCCCGUGUUUUGGGGAAGGCGUGACCCAUCAUGACCCUCCGUUGUUGUUUGAUCUCUCGCGAGACCCUUCUGAAGCCAAACCUCUGUCGGCUGACACCGAGCCUCUCUUUGACAUUGUAAUAAGGAAGAUUGGAAGAGCCAUAGAAGAGCAUCAGAGGACACUGACUCCUGUCCCAGAGCAGCUCUCUGUGUACAACAUCAUGUGGAAGCCGUGGCUGCAGCCAUGCUGUGGGACAUUCCCAUUUUGUUGGUGUGAUAAGGAAGGUGAAAAUAAACUUGCCAACCUAUAAAGGAAAGGAUCAGUUUUUUCCUCAAAAGUGUUUUUAGAUCAUGAGUGUUUUCUUUGAGGGUGCUGAUUGGUGGGUUGGUUGGUUGGUUGUUCUAAUGGAGCCUUUAUAUGAGAGUUGUUCCAAUGAACAGCACAGUAUUUGGUAAAGGUGGCUUUAAGCUGGACACCCUCAGGAGGGAUCAAGACAGAAUGAUCCGAAGAGCAUGUUUUAACUUGCAUGUGCUGACAACUGAAUGAAUAGUUCAAAUGCACUGAAGCAGGCCAAGAUUAGAGCUGUACAAGUGAUGAUAUAACUUAUGUUUUGUUGUUUAUGAAUGUAUAUUUAGAAGGUUUGCUUUGAUUUUUGUUCUGAAUUUCUAAGUGAUUCCUGGACUGAUCUCCCUUAAUUUUGUUAUCCUUACUGGUGAUGCAUAAGAUGCCCCUAUAAUAAAUUCUUGCAGACUACUGCUUCCAAAAUAAUUCAAAAAUCAUUUUGCCCACAGAUCCACAAAGAACCUCCUUUAAAAGUAGCUUCCUUCUUUCCUUGUAUCUAGUCCCUCCAGCAGCAGUGAUGAUGGCAGCUUAUUAGAUCAGGGAUUCUGGAUCAGGAGAAAUUGCCAGGGCUCGGCAUAAAGCUUGGAAACAUGACAAACUCGGUAAUGGCUGUUUGUGCUUUCUGAGGAGGACAGGACUCCUCUGAUUGGAGUCAGCCUUUUUUGAUGGAAAGAACACAAGAGAGAAAGGAUGUUCCCUUUCCAAAGCUCACAUUGCACUCAGCUCCCUCAGCAGCACUAGCAAGGGCAGAGUGACACUGAUGGCCACGGAAGUGCCACGCUGAUAACCAAUUCAGUCAUUUGGGCACAGGAUGGCUCAAGUCAUCUUGCUGCCUGAACCAUAACAGGUUCCUGCUAACAAGUACUAGGUUCAGAAGAGACUCUUUGAUAGAUGCUCAAUACUAAUUAUGAAAACAAACUCUAAUUUACAAUUAAAAAAAGAAAUGUAGAAUUGAGGUAUUUCUUGCUUCACGAGUUACAUAGUCAUCCCACCAAACAGCUAGAGUUACUUUCAUCUAUCUCUUUGCUGGUGUUCUUUCCUUUGCUUCAGUUCUUUCCUUCUUUGUGUUAAAAUAGUUUUUCCUGUUAAAGUGGCCUUGCAGAUAAUGCUUUUUAUUGUUGUAUAUAAAAUCUAUCUGUUCAUAUAGACAAGUUUACGCUAGUAUAUCUGAAUAUGUAGGCAUCAGAGCAUAAUUUGCCCAUUUGUUUUAUUUCACCUUUUUUACUAUUUUUCUAACUAUUGUGCUCGGACCCAUUUCUCUUGUUCAUCUCCUCUGAUAGAUGUUUGGCUUAUUUGGGUUUUAUUUCCUUCCUUGUUUCCCACAAUUCAGCCACCAGGAAAUCUCCAGGUAAACAAAGCCCUACAGCUUAAAAGCAAAGUUUUAUUUUAUGUUGUGACUUUAUGUAUUUCACAGACUGUUAUAAUUCACCCAGAUACUCCAUCAGUGCUAUUGAUGAGAAAGGCACUCAGUCUUACUGUGAAAACUUCAAGAGAUUAAGUGACUCCGUCACCUCACAUGUACUGGAUUGUUGCUCAGUUUCCUCCAUUGUUAGGAGUGUGUGUUUCAUUUCUCAUUUGUAUGUAUUCUAUUUCACUGGUUCUUUCUCAGCUAGAUUUAAAGGCCUUUUCAUAUUCAGUAUGCAGUGUUUUCUUUAUCUGAAAUUACUGUAAUCACUCUGACAUUUUUCAAUUUUCUCAGUCAUUUUCCAAGAUCUCACUUCCAUUCUCAAGUCGGUUUAGUAUCCGGGAUUUUACAUCCUCUCAAUUUUUCAACACCUUUAAAAAUAUGUGGCUAUAAUACCUGUUCAUAUGAUUGAAUGAGUUUUUCUUUAACAGAAAUACUCCACAGCACUGUAGGAUAUAUCCAUUUGAAGAGAGAGGGUGCAGGAAGACACCUGAGAUAGAAUUUGUCCCAGGCACUGGUGUUUGCCCAUGACAGCACAGUCAUCAGGCCCUGCUGAUAUGCAAAGUGCCAUGGGACCAGCAAAUAUUCAGGGCUUGGGAACACAGAUAUUACAUGUGGAACGAUCAUGAGCAAUAAUAAAGGCUGUCUU